AUGGCCGACAAGACGAAGACGCCAGUGCUAUCCCAAGCCAUCAUCAAGUACGCGAAGCUUGCCUCUGGCGAGCAUCCAAAGGCCGACUUCGACGAGUAUCUAAAGCACCUUGCCGAUCCCGCAUCUUCGGCGCCGUUGCCAAUCAAGAGCGACACCAGCCAUCCUCUCAGCCAUUACUUCAUCUCCAGCUCGCACAACACAUACCUUUCUGGCAAUCAGCUGUGGAGCAAGUCAAGUGCAGAUGCUUACAAGGACGUGCUGAAGCGAGGGUGUCGUUGCGUGGAGAUCGAUCUCUGGGACGGCGAUUCGCCAUCAUCAUCAGAAGCAGAGGACGAUGGCAAGCCAGAGGACCGCGAGGUUGGCAAACUUGCAGGCAUGCUGAAGCAGAAGCUCGGCCGGCUUCGUGGGCGCUCUAAAGCCGACAAGAAGGCUCCUGAAGAAUCCCCCGUAACGGAAGAUGCAAUGCCAGCUCCUUGGAGAGCAAGCUCAGGCCGCUCGGAGCCCGUUGUAUACCACGGCUACACGGCGACAAAGGAAAUGCCGUUUCGCAAGGUGUGUGAGGUUGUACGAGACUACGCCUUCAGAACGUCAGAUCUUCCAGUCAUCGUGUCUCUCGAGGUCCACUGCAGCAUUCCGCAGCAGGAAAUCGUUGUCGAAUUGAUGAACGACUAUUGGGGAGCGUACCUUGUGCGUCGGCCAGAUGACUUCUCUGACUCUGCUCCACUGCCAGCAUUGGAAAGUUUGAAGAAGAAAAUAUUGGUCAAGGUGAAGUACUCGCCACCCGAGAAGGCUAAGAAGACAGAAGCCAGCAAGAGCGGUGCAGAUUCAUCUUCAGAGGAUGAUUCCGAGGCCGUGAAAAAGGGUAAAAUCCUGCCCGCGCUCAGUUCAAUGGGUGUGUUCACACGUGCGUUUCAUUUCAGCAAUUUCGAGCAACCUGAAGCCAAGAUUCCCACACAUGUCUUUUCACUGUCCGAGUCGAAGCUGCUCGAUGCUUGCGAAGAACAUCAGGAGAAAGUCCUCGACCACAACAGACACUACCUGAUGAGAGCAUAUCCGAAGGGAACCAGGUUGAGCUCGUCUAAUUUAGACCCAACUCCAUUUUGGCGGGUCGGCUUGCAAAUGGCAAGUUACGUCGUGAGACCGGCAGUGCUACGUCGCUUCGCUAAUGUGCAGCAGGUCGCUCUCAACUUUCAAAAGAUGAAUGCAGCCAUGAUGUUGAACACUGCACAAUUCGAUGGCUCUGGAGGCUGGGUACUCAAGCCUGCAGGAUAUCUCCCUACAGAGAAACAGUCUCGACCCGAUAGAGUCGAGCUUGACCUUUCCAUCAAGCUCCUUGCAGCACAGAAUCUCGGCCUCGAAGGUGACACUCCGAACGUCUACGUCAAGUGCGAGCUCCACGUUGAAAGCCAGGACGAGAUAGAGCAACAUCGGAUUCCUAAAGCAGGCGAAAACAAGGGCGGCGAACGCAAGCUACGCUCUGCUACACACCAUUCCCGAGAACCGGAUUUCAACGAUGAGGCCUUGGAAUUCAAGCGUGUACAGCAUGUGUUCCCGCCAUUGAGCUUCGUGAGGAUCAAAGUCAUGGAUGACACGACCUAUCAAACAGACAAACUGCUCGGCUGGGCCUGCUACCGGCUUGACCGACUACCGCAAGGCUUACUCCUCGUCCAUCUUCGUGGAGAAGACUCGAAACCCACGACUGGCAUGUUGCUGCUUAGCGUCCAGUCGAAUUUGAAGGUGCCUUAG